CGUGUCUGAUGGAGGCGCUGCAGGACAAACGCGUUCGUCUGCAGCCGGAGUGCAAAAAGAGACUUCAGGAUCGCAUCGACAUGUGGAGCUACGCCGCCAAGGUGGCUCCUGCCGAGGGCUUCUCGGACCUGGCCGUGCAGGUGAUGAUGUCGCCGUCCAAGAACUACAUCCUGACUGUGAUCGGAGCGGGCGUGGCGCUGCUCUUCAUGAUGGGGCUGCUCUGCGGCAGAUUCACCAAACGUGUCACUCAGGAGCUGAAGGACAGGUAGACCCCGCCCACCCCGGGGUCAGGACACACACACAGGAGAAACGACCACCUCCUCCCUCCUCAUUUUCCUCCUCCUCCUCCUCCUCCUCCUCCUCCUCCUGUCCUGCACCCUUUGCCUCCUCCUCCAUCGCUGGAAUGACAUUACCCACAAUCCUGCAGACGAACGUGGGCUUGAUCAGUGACUCACCUGCUCUUCCUCUACGCUCUCUAAGGGGCCCCGCCCCCCUGCGGCGCCUCUUUUUUCUUCUUCUUCUCCUCCUCCUGAGCGUCGACACAAAGCGCCGGGUCCUCCUGCAGUUUCACUCACCUGAUGUAGAUGCAGUAUUAUUACUCCAUCUUU